AUGAGUGGUGCAGGUCUCAGCUGGCCCGCACUCGUGCAGCCUUACCGCGGUCGGCUCGAAGAGUGGUUUGGCACGCCAGAGAAGCUGCAUGCAUCCUUCGACACUAAAGAAGAGCUCGUGGAGUUGCUUAGGAAUUGUGAUAAAACUUUGUCGGAAAGCAGUGUUGCCUUGAUUGCAGAUGCUCUUCUUGAAUGGCAUACUGAUGUUUCCGGAUUGGUAGCCAGUGGGCGCAGGGAAGCAAGGAGGCGCUUGACAGAGUGCUUGCCCGGUGUCCCGGGAACUGGCCUUAGCCUGCAUGAGCAUUACAAUCAGAUUGCACUUCAGAGUCCUCUUGCAUUGCUUCCGGUUCUUCGCAAGCGAAAGUUAGCUACUGAUAGGGUCGUAGAUCGCGGGGCCAGGGCCACUGAAGAGAUACGACUUCGGCAGGAGUAUGCAUUGCGUCUUGCAGCCAUCAUGCAAGAGGCGCAGCUGCCGGUGUGCAAGGUGCUUGCAGGGGUCAGCAAUGCCGAGGAGGCUUGGCCACGGUUGUUUGGGACCCGUCGCUCCAAGACAUUGAGGAAUCGCUUUAGGGCUUGGGAUAAGUUUCGGGAAUGGUUGCUUUAUAGCCGUGGCAGAAGCUAUCCGGAAGGGGUAGCUGACGUGCUAGACUAUGCCAAUGAACGUUUCCAGGAAGGAUGUGGAAAGACAGUUCUCGAAAGCCUGCAAGCAUCUCUCAGUGUAAUUGAAGGUGUAGGGCGCGUGCCGUCUACGCAGCAGAUAUCUCAGGAUCCCACAUGGCAGGCGCAGCUCAAAAGUUACACAGCUGAUCUGAUUUCGGCGGCACCGCCGGAGCAGCCAGCCAGCAUGCUCACCGUUGCUAUCGUUCUCGCAUGCGAGAUCUUCGUCUGCACGCCCGGGGAGCCGAGUUACUUGAGGGCAUUGGGCUUUGUAUGCUUAUUGAUGGUUUGGGGCUCACUUCGGGCCGAUGAUGUUCAGGGGCUCCUGCCGCAGACCAUGCUUCUGGACGAGCCAGGGCUUAGCAUUGAUCUCGCGCGGUCCAAGACUACAGGGCCCGACAAAAGGACCCACACCGUCAAGGUCUUCGUGGAACGGAGUAUCUCUCUGACAGGGCAUGAUUGGCUGAAGGUCGGAUAUGCACUUUGGAGGGAUUUCGAUUUUGAAAGGGAUUAUUUGGUUUUGAAGGCCAAUGAAGGUUUCACGGAACCCCUUGAGAAGUCGGUGCCUUCAUCCACGGUGGCCCUUUACUUCCGCAAAGUUCUCAGUGAAUUGAAGACGCCCAAGCGUGUGGGGCGCACCUGGAAGGCCAAUGAUCAGCGUCCGCUGCUCCCAGGAUACACUUCCAGUCAUUUUACGGGUCACUCUGCGAGGAACUUCCUUAGCUCGGUCGGAGCGGCCAUCGAUGUUGACCCCAGGGAGCUUGAUUAUCUGGGUCGCUGGAAGGUAGGUGGCGAAGGUUCUGCAACAUACAUUCGCACUUCUAGACAGGUUGUGCAUCGUCUCCAGAGCCACAUUGCAUGUUCACUUGUCACCGGGCAGCCUAAGCACUACAUCGAGUUGGAUUCCAUCAAGGCUUUGACGGACUAUGCGGCUAAGGCUGGAGAGAGCGAAUCUCAGGUUCGCCGCCGUCACACCCUCCUCGAGGGAUCCAAAGGGUUGGGCGGAUCGUGGCCAACUCUGGCAUUGGAAGUGGAUGUUGCGGCACCACCUUCUCCAGUCGAGCAGGUCUCGAUGCCAGGCAGCCGGGGGGAUUACUUCAUCGUUACCUCUCGCACCACAGGCCUGAGGCGUUUGCACAUGUUGGGUUGCUAUGUCAAGCCUGAGAACUGUUACGAUGUAAAAUUUGUCAAUCAUGUCGGCGCGGAGGACGUCGAUAGCAUUUGCAAAGAUUGCAAAGCAAGAAUGAAGGCUCAGGCCGGAGAGGAGGAAUCAGACCCCUCCAGCAGUGACAGUGGGAGCGAGUCGAUGCGAUUCCAGGCAAUCGCCGAUUCCCGGCCGGAAGCUCGGGCUGCUGGGAAGGCGGACUUCGGAUUGGAUGACGGGGCUGCAGAAGGGCGACAACAAAUCGCGGGGGUCGUCGCUGCAUGGGAACUCGCGCGAGACGUAAUCAGCAAAGAGACGGAAACGCGAGCAGAGGCAAAAGUGUUAGGCCAGCCGCGAAUCUUGCAAGUCACAGAGAGGCAGGCAAUGCUCAAGGCGGUAGCGGCCGUUCACGGGCAGCUGGGAGAGUCAGAGACUCCAUCGUCUGAGUACCUCGCUCUCAAGUGCGAGGAGUGCGAAGCCAAUGAGCCUCAGGCUUCAACCUUGGAUGCCAUAACUUCUAAGAAGAACACGCUUACCACGAGCAUCCAGUCCAGCCUUGACGCUUCAGGGCGUAUUCAUAUUACUCAGCACAAAUCCAAGAGUGAGCUUCCGACCACUACUGAAGCUUAUCGCAAGGUCCUUCGCGUGGAAGCUUUCACAUGGCUAUGCAUGGCAUCCCGCUUCAAAUCCAAGCAGUGGCUUCAGGAUCUCAAGCUGUCCGACUUCGACCACUUCGUGAACUACAUCCUUGGCGAAAAGGUCGCCCAGCUCUCAGUGCCUACUUCUCAUCAACCAGCCGAUGAGACCUACUUCACGACUCCGCUCGCAUUGUCCAUCAUUGAGCGGCCACGCAAGUGGCACAAAGGCAAGGGCAAGAGCAAGGAUGGCAAGGCCUAUCAGCCUCAGCUGUACAGUCCGAGCGGGCUUCGUGUGCUCUACAUUUUCGCGGGGCCCCAUCGCAAAGGUGAUGUGGGCUCUUACCUUCAGUCUUUGGGCAAUGUCACUGACCUUCUUCAGUUCGAUCUUCAGCGCUCCACAGAGCGUGACUUGACUAAGGAAGGUUUGUGGCAGCACAUCUUUCAGUUGCUUGGCGAAGGGGAUUGGAUCCUCAUUGAUCUCGGUGCGACUCCAGAUCACGAGUUACCGGCUUCCAUUUGGCAACUACCAGCUCUGCGUGAGCUCCAGGUUUCCACUCAGGCCAUCACUUUUGCAUUCUUUCAGUGUGAGGCAGGUCCAAUGCAGGAGGAGUUUUGUGAGGCACCUCAGGUUUGGCCGGAGGUGCAGCAGGAAUCCCACGAGGAGACGCAGGAGGUGCAUCAGGAUUUAUGUGAAGUGCCUCAGGGUGAGGCAGGUCCAAUGCAGGAGGAGUUUUGUGAGGCACCUCAGGUUUGGCCGGAGGUGCAGCAGGAAUCCCACGAGGAGACGCAGGAGGCAUGCGACGAGGAUCUCGCGUUUCUUCGCGGGCAUGGUUUCGUCCUUCCGGGCGAAGAGCACAGUGUUGAUCUUGAGGCGGUCCAGUCGGAUGAUUCGGAGGUGCUGGAGGGGGGCGAAGUCGAAAGACCGGAGCCCUUCAAGCAUCAGGAGUGCCACAACAUCGGACUGCCUUUGAACCUCGAGUGGGACGGCAAAACUCAGCCGAUCACGGAUGGCUUUGGGCUCUGCUCACCCACUAGAUGGCCUCCGGAAGCCAGGGGGGGCCUGUUGCCCAAGCAAGCUUUGGAGUUCGCCACUUCCAUGCAUCAAGUGCUUCGAGACUUUGUAGCGGACGUUGUGCCUGAUGUCAGGCGCACGGCGAUGGAGCUUGCGCUAGGCCGCCUUAAGGAAUCACCCUUCACUCCAGAGAUGUUAGGGAUCCUUAGGAAAGAGUGGUUUAGUUGCAUAGAGGCUGCUUCGGGAGGCAAGUGCACGGAUCUUGACGUGGUGCCGAGUGGCCAGCCAUUCUUCUUGCAUGCUGUGUCUGCGACAGCGCGGCUGUUGCAGGACCCAGAUUGGAAAGCCGUUUCUUGCCAGGGGGACUCCUAUGUCAGCGGGGUCGCGAUCGGUUAUGACUGCCCCGCGCCUCACUUGCCACAGGUGUACGAGUACAAGUACAAGUCCCGCAAGCUCGAUGAAUCGGUCGCCGCAGCAAGAUCGGUCAAGAGGGCAGGCGUGGCCUUCCGCACUGACGCAAAGUGUGCGGCCCCUUACCUCUUUGACUCAGAAGGUCACAGUCAGUGGGCUUCGGCAUCGGCUGAGCUGCUGGCCACGCUGGCCGCGUUGCACAUCUUCGGUCACCUUGAAGCCGGGCCAACUAGGCGUUUGAUGAAGGUGGAGGUUUUAGCUCAGACGGAUAAUAAGUCUAACGAGGGCUUAACUCGCAAGGGUUCUACAACGCGCUGGCCCUUGCUCAUGGUGAACAUGCAGCUCACCCAUGUUCUCAUGAAGGCCGGCUUGCGGUUGAACUUGGGAUGGCGUCCCCGGGACGAAAAUCAGGCGGAGCCUGCCAUCGAAGUUAUCGAUACUGACAGUGAUCAGAACUCGGGAGACUCCGAGGUAUCCCUGGCUAGCAGCCAGGCCGCAACGGCAGUGCCGUUCGCGCCCAACGCGAACACUGUGGUCGUGUCCCGACCGCAGCGUCGCAAUCGCCAGCGGGGCUGGCAGUUCCAGCCCGGGGAGGUAUGGCAAUUUGUGGGCGGCACUGCUCAGUGGGCAGGAGCCCCCACAAUCAUCACGAAUGCGACAACUGCUACCGCAGCAGCCGGGGUCAGCGACCCCGGAACCACGGCGCCCGUGGCGGUCGCCGCUAGUCUCUGA